AUGGCGCGGCUCAGAGUGCUGCUGCUGCCGCUGGCCUGGUGGCUGUUGCAGGCAGGUGUGGCGCGCGGUGCGGGCUCCGUGCGUCUGGCGGGCGGCCUGACCCUGGGCGGUCUGUUCCCGGUGCACGCGCGGGGAGCGGCAGGGCGCGCGUGCGGGGCGCUGAAGAAGGAGCAGGGCGUGCACCGGCUGGAGGCGAUGCUCUACGCAUUGGACCGCGUCAACGCCGACCCAGAGCUGCUGCCCGGCGUGCGUCUGGGCGCGCGUCUGCUUGACACCUGCUCCCGGGACACUUAUGCGUUGGAGCAGUCGCUGAGCUUCGUGCAAGCACUCAUCCGAGGACGCGGGGACGGCGACGAGGCCAGCGUGCUCUGCCCUGGGGGCGUCCCCCCGCUGCGCGCCGCACCCCCAGAGCGAGUGGUGGCCGUGGUGGGCGCCUCGGCUAGCUCCGUGUCCAUCAUGGUCGCCAACGUCCUGCGCCUGUUUGCGAUACCCCAGAUCAGCUAUGCCUCUACAGCCCCAGAGCUCAGUGACUCCACGCGCUAUGACUUCUUCUCCAGAGUGGUGCCCCCUGACUCCUACCAGGCUCAGGCCAUGGUGGACAUUGUGCGGGCACUGGGAUGGAACUAUGUGUCUACACUGGCCUCUGAAGGCAACUAUGGCGAGAGUGGGGUUGAGGCCUUUGUGCAGAUCUCCCGGGAGACCGGAGGUGUCUGUAUUGCCCAAUCAAUAAAGAUUCCAAGGGAGCCAAAGCCAGGAGAAUUCCACAAAGUGAUCCGGAGACUCAUGGAAACGCCUAAUGCUCGGGGCAUCAUCAUUUUUGCCAAUGAGGAUGACAUCAGGAGGGUCUUGGAGGCAACACGCCAGGCCAACCUGACUGGCCACUUCCUUUGGGUUGGAUCAGACAGCUGGGGAUCCAAGAUCUCCCCCAUCUUGAAUCUAGAGGAUGUGGCUGUGGGGGCCAUCACUAUCUUGCCCAAAAGGGCUUCCAUUGAUGGAUUUGACCAAUACUUCAUGACUCGUUCCCUGGAGAACAACCGCAGAAAUAUCUGGUUUGCCGAGUUCUGGGAGGAGAAUUUUAACUGCAAACUAACCAGCUCAGGUGGCCAGUCAGAUGAUUCCAUUCGAAAAUGCACAGGCGAGGAACGCAUCGGCCAAGACUCCACCUAUGAGCAGGAGGGGAAGGUGCAGUUUGUGAUAGAUGCUGUGUAUGCCAUCGCCCACGCGCUUCACAGGAUGCACCAAGCACUCUGCCCAGGCCACACAGGUCUAUGCCCGGCCAUGGAGCCUACUGAUGGCCGUACACUGCUGAACUACAUUCGAGCGGUUCGCUUCAAUGGCAGCGCAGGAACCCCAGUGAUGUUCAAUGAGAACGGAGAUGCCCCUGGGCGCUAUGACAUCUUCCAGUACCAGGCAACCAAUGGCAGUGCCAGCAGUGGCGGGUACCAGGCUGUAGGCCAGUGGGCAGAGACCCUUAGACUGGAUAUGGAAGCCCUGCUGUGGUCAGGCGAUCCCCAUGAGAUGCCCCCUUCUCAAUGCAGCCUCCCCUGUGGGCCUGGUGAACGGAAAAAGAUGGUGAAGGGUGUCCCCUGCUGUUGGCACUGUGAAGCCUGUGAUGGGUACCGCUUCCAGGUGGAUGAGUUCACAUGUGAGGCUUGUCCAGGGGACAUGAGGCCCACACCCAACCACACUGGCUGCCGCCCCACACCUGUGGUGCGUCUGACCUGGUCCUCUCCAUGGGCUGCUCUGCCCCUUCUUCUGGCUGUACUGGGCAUCAUGGCCACCACCACCAUUAUAGCCACUUUCAUGCGUCACAAUGACACUCCCAUAGUCCGUGCCUCUGGCCGGGAGCUUAGCUAUGUGCUGCUCACUGGCAUCUUCCUGAUCUACACCAUCACCUUCCUCAUGGUAGCUGAGCCUUGUGCAGCUAUCUGCGCUGCUCGAAGACUCUUGCUUGGCUUGGGUACUACCCUCAGCUAUUCAGCCCUGCUCACCAAGACCAACCGCAUCUACCGCAUCUUUGAGCAAGGGAAACGCUCUGUCACACCCCCACCCUUCAUCAGCCCUACAUCACAGCUGGUCAUCACCUUCUGCCUCACCUCCCUACAGGUAGUGGGCGUGAUAGCGUGGCUGGGAGCCCAGCCUCCACACAGUGUGAUUGACUAUGAGGAGCAGAGGACGGUGGACCCGGAGCAGGCCAGGGGUGUGCUCAAGUGUGACAUGUCUGAUCUGUCCCUCAUUGGUUGCCUGGGCUACAGUCUCCUGCUCAUGGUCACCUGUACAGUGUAUGCCAUCAAGGCCCGGGGUGUGCCUGAGACCUUCAAUGAGGCCAAGCCCAUCGGCUUCACCAUGUACACCACCUGUAUUAUCUGGCUGGCUUUUGUUCCCAUCUUCUUCGGCACUGCCCAGUCAGCUGAGAAGAUCUAUAUCCAAACGACUACACUGACUGUGUCCCUGAGCCUGAGUGCGUCAGUGUCCCUCGGCAUGCUCUAUGUGCCCAAAACCUACGUCAUCCUGUUCCAUCCGGAGCAGAAUGUGCAGAAGCGGAAGCGCAGCCUCAAGACGACCUCCACGGUGGCGGCCCCGCCCAAGAGCGAGAACACAGAGGAUGCCAAGUAACAGGACGGAGUGUGGGUGCCACAGGCUGCUCCCUGCAUGUUCUUUGCUUCUCUUGGCUUCACGGUAGAGGCUGCGAAGGAUCCACAGUGACCACCAGCGGCCGUGAAUGUGUGGAGACCACUUCCAGCACGGCUGGGCUUGCCUUCAGAAAGAGCUAGACCCUGAGCCAUGCUGGACUUCUGCUUUCCUGCAUCCUGGCCUCAUCAUUCUGUCCUUCCUACCCACAACAGGAAAUACUCACUUCCAGGUUUCUUUCUUUCUUUCUUUUUUGGUCUUAAGACAAAGACUAAACUGAUGCCUUCGGAACAGGCCCUCAACGACCAUGGUGAAGCCAGGGCUUGCCAGGUCAGGGUGAAAUUUAUCUUGAUCCAACAACAUAACCUUAGGGCUGGCCAGGGUGUCAGAUUGAAAACCACAACAUGAAAUCCAGGCUUAGAGCUGAGGGGGUGAAACUGCCACAAAAUGAAACCUAGGGGUCUGUAUUCAGGGAGUUAUCAUCUUCCUGGCACAGAGGAGCAGAGACGUGUGAGAGUCCUGAGAGCCAGGGUGGGCCUGCAGCAUAGAGAGGGGAGAACAGGGGACUGGGGCCGGCUUCUGUGAGGUCGUUUCCACAAAGUUUGGCAGUGUUCCUUUGCUGUGUAUGUUCCCGUAAAUUGCUCCAACCCGAAGAAAUGUCAAGACAUUGGUGUGUGUGAGAGAAUAAAGAACAGCUGGGCUUUGUUCAGGGGUCCAGGAACAGUCUUGUUUCUGUGGUGAGGACUAUUAUUUUUUUCUCACUAUGUAGCUCUGGCUGUCCUGAUCUCAUUAUAUAGAAUGGUCUGGCCUCCAAACCACAGAGAUCCGCCUGCCUCUGCCUCCGGAGGGCUAGGAUCAAAGGUAUGUGUAGCUAUGCCAGGCUUGAUUUUAAAUUAUAAGGAUGGCUAUAAAAGCUCUCCCACAUAUGUUCUUGGAGUGCCCCUUUGAAAGGUGGGCAUGAGACAUAUGGAGGAGGCGACUGAAAUGCCAUGCAUGGACUUUCACUUUUACUAAUCUUUCUUUGACAGAGCUGGUGUUUAGUUAGGGAAAUUUGUUUCCCCUGUUUGCUUUUCUUUCAUUUUUUAAAUGUAUUGAGUUAGCUGUUUUAACUUAUGAUGACUUCUCCAGUAUUCAAGGUGCAGAACUAAUUUUUGAAAGUGAGCUGACUUUCAAUGAGAUGCUCCACAGUGAGUUUUGACCUUGAGGUACAAUACUUUAGCAUCCUGAAAACACCACCGGCUUCUCUUUAGAGUAUCUCUGCUGUCUAGACUCUCCUGCCUCACUUCACGUGUUCCUAGUCUUCUCACAGUUCAAAGUGUGGCAUCACAUUUGUCACUGCACUGAAUGCUUUCUCAGGCUCCUACAAAGGUUCCUGUCCUGCUUGAGUUCCCAGAAAUGUGUAAUGUAUCCUCUUGAGAAAGCCUUGUCCAUGUGACUGAAUAAAAGUUUUCUUGCA